AAAGGGUGUUCAUUUUUCUACUUAAAAGAUUCUGACAUGAUAGAUUUGCAGCUCGGUGAUGUCCAAAACGGAUAAUCAACCGAUUUACUGAACAAGGUCGAUUCUUUUGGCACAUCAUCUUUUGAGUUGCCGUUCGGUUAAAAACCCUCACUAGUUUGAAUUUCCCACUUCCAAGUGAAAAUAAAGAUUUUUUUUAUUUUUCUUUUCUCCGCUGGAUGAAGAAAUUACUUUCUUUCUCCUCAAAUUUCACUUCUAACCCAGCCUAACUCUCGAUUUCGAAACCCUAAUUUUGUUGAAAUGGUUCAAAUUAUUCCUACACAAACCUUAUCUUCACCAACAUUUAUAAUAAACAAAAUUUCUGCUACUAUCAGUACAAAGAUUCCAAUAUUUUCUUCUAAAUCGAGGCUUUUUUCCGAUUCUUCUGUCGAUCUUAACGGUACUGGAAAUCGUAGAGAUAGGGUAUUGAGAGUUAGUUCUAAGGUUAAGGAUAAAGUUUCUAGUGCUGAGCUUAAAGAAAAAUGGUUAACUUCUUUGUCUACUCCUUUACAUGACGAGUCUGAGUGUAAUGAUAAGAGAUUAGUGGAGUGGAUGAUUGGGGUUGAUCCUGAUGUUUCUGGAGCUUUGGCAUUGUUAAGAAGUGAUGAUUUUGGUUGCUCUGCUCAGGUUUUUGAUAGUCCUCAUGUGCGAUUGUUGGUUGGCAAAACCAUGCGAAGACGUUUAGAUACAAGAUCUAUCGUUCAGUUGCUACGUAGCUUUGAUGCUCCACCAGGAACAACUGCCUAUAUUGAGCAAUCAACCCCUUUUCCUACAGAUGGGAAACAGGGAUGGUGGAGUGGAGGAUUUGGAUAUGGGAUAUGGACUGGGGUCUUAGUAGCCUCCGGAUUUUCUGUUGUUCCGGUGUCUUCUCUCAUGUGGAAGAAUCACUUUGAACUUGCAGGAAGCCGUCUGAGUAAGGAUGAUAGCAGAAAGGCUGCAUCAACACUAUUUCCAUCUCUGAGUUCCCAGUUGACGAGGAAGAAAGAUCAUGGUCGAGCUGAGGCUCUUCUCAUUGCUGCAUAUGGUAAAGGCCUUGUACUGAAAUCUGAAGAACUUUUCAAACCUGAAGCCCUUUUACCAAAAUCCGAAGAAUGUCUUUUAGAGUCGGAUGCCAUUUUAAUGAAAGCUGGAUAACACAUUACCAUAUAAUUACCUAUACAUUGAUCGACUCUAAUGUUCAACCCACAUUCAGCUUUUAGUUACCUGAGUGCGUCAUUGGUAUUACUGAGGUAUGAUAUGGGUUGCGUCAAUUAUAGUUGAUGUGUAUCUUCAUUAUAUGAAUGAAAGUUGUAUUCAGUUUCACUAUAUGCUGGAAACCAUUGGUUAAAGCUCUUUGUUAAUAUCAACCAAUGGCAAUGAUCCGAAUGCUCCCAAAUUUGUAUACACAUCAGAAAUUUAUUUUUAA